AUCUUGAUCAAGAUUUUCUCAAUCUCAUAAUAUGACCACAUUGUGUAUCUUAUAAUGCAUGAGCCAGCUUUUGCUAUUUUGCAACAGUGAUACACAAAAUUAUUGAAGAAUAGGCAUCAAGUUUGCCUAUACACUAAGAAGGGGAAGUUAUAUAAACAUGCCAUUAAUCAAAUGUCUAGUUGGCCCGAAUACAGAAGAGGGUAGUAGUGGAAUCAAAUCAAGAAAACGAAUUCAGAAGAAAACGCGAGGUAGAUCACAUAUAGCUCCAGUUAACUAUGAAACGCCGUCAUUACCACCACCACCACCACCUUUGAUCAAUGAUGGAAAAUGGAAGAAUUUGCCAAUUGAGUUGCUUCUUGAUAUAAUUAAGCGAGUUGAGGCGAGUAAGACGUCGUGGCCAGCUAGACGAGAUGUGGUUGUUUGUGCUGCAGUUUGCAGGUUAUGGAGGGAUACUGUGAAACAGGUUGUGAAAACACCUGAGCAAUGUGGAUUGAUCACUUUCCCCAUUUCAUUGAAACAGCCUGGAGCAAGAGGUGAACCUAUUCAAUGUUUUAUAAGGAGGGAUAGGACUAGUUCAACUUUUCGGUUAUAUCUUGGCUUGAGCCCAGCACUGGCUGGAGAGGCAAGCAAGCUGUUGUUGGCAGCAAAGAAGGUGAGAAAGGCUACAGGAACAGAGUUUCUGAUCUCAUUAUCUGCUGAUGAAUUUUCUCGAGCAAACAAUACUUACGUCGGAAAAUUAAGUUCCAAUUUUCUUGGCACCAAGUUUGUCAUUUAUGAUCAGCCUCCUUGUGACCAUCUUAUCCAAUCAAACCCAAAAUUUGGGUCAAAGACGGUUUCUUGUGUGGUAUUACCAAUGGUUAAAUCCAAAGUGAUCAUGAUAUCUUAUGAGCUUAAUUUUCUAAGAACUAAAGGGCCAAGAAGAAUGCAUUGCACAAUGAACACAAUCCCUUCAUCUGCAGUUCAAGAAGACGGGACUGCUCCUACUCCAUCAACAUUUUUAGAUGAUGACUUUUCACCUAAUUUCCACACUUCAAACAAGAAAGAAGACCCGUUGAUUUUGAAAAACAAAUCACCUAGGUGGCAUGAGCAACUUCAGUGUUGGUGUUUAAAUUUCAAAGGGCGCGUUACCGUUGCAUCUGUUAAGAACUUCCAGUUGACAGUUGACAUGCCCCAAAGUAGUCAAAGUUCAGAACAACAAGAGGAUGUGAUACUGCAGUUUGGAAAAAUCGGAAAAGAUAUCUUUACUAUGGAUUAUUGCUACCCGUUAUCUACUUUUCAGGCAUUUGCGAUAUGUUUAAGCAGUUUCGACACUAAACCAGCUUGUGAAUAAAAACUUGGCUUAUUGCUAUUGUGCCCCACAUUAUCAUGCUUUUCCUAUCCUCUAAAAUCUUUGUAAAUACUUUAAAUGGUGAUCCUGAUCCUCUACUUUAAUGCAUAAAAAGUAAGAAUAGAAUUUCCUUUUGUCCUAUGCAUAGUUAGGAGCAGCCUUAUGCAUUCGUUCUUGA